AUGCCUGAUCUCAACGAUCUUCCCAACGAGUUGAUGGUGGAAAUCUUCUUAUACUUCGACCUCAAAGACUUGACCAGAUGCAUGAGAGUCGACAAAUCCUUCAAGACCAUUANNCUUACCGAGCACUAUGCCUUCGACAAGAUUUUCUUCCGCACCGAACCCAUCAUGCCUGACGAAUUCAUCGAUCCUGACAAGCUCCGGAUCAAUCCCGCUUUUGACAGACUGCACUACACCUCUCGGUCUGAAAUAGAGGAUGCCUGCUUUCUGUUCACAGACAAAAAGUCCGACGGAGAAUCCGAUGUUCGAGAGCUAGCCCUGACCGAAUCGUCUGCCGCCAAACAGAAUGCCACAGGGCCCGCCGUCGCCCGAAUCGUGCUCAGCCCCUAUGAUGUCGAGGACUGGGAUGUGGAGGUCGAAUCUGAGCAGGGUGUGACUGUUCAAGACGUCGUGCAAGGUCUUUGUGAUUACUAUGAGCCUGGUGCCNCCCGCGAUGGAUACCACUACUUCUUCGAGGGCUCCUAUAAAAGCCAUAGAUCAACUGAGGACGAACUCAUCCUCGGCGCCCAUUGGGGUUCUUGA